UAAAGAGGAUAAGACAGUGGCUCAAACUUCAAAGGGAGUCUCCCGCGGCGCGCGUCUCAUGAUGCCUUCGGGUUGGUACGGCGAGCCUCGUUUUCAAAUGACCAGGUAGCUUGUCUACGGCAGAGUGAAACGAAGGUCCCGCUUUAGUCGCGUUUUUUUCAUUGUAUCCGGAGAAUUUCGUCAAAAGACAAGAGGAGCUGAUUAAGGAAUAUGCAGUGAAGCACCAUGCCAAUUAAAAAGAGAAAGAAGAUAGGCAAGAAGGUUAAGAAUGCCCAGGCCAAGAAAUAUGGUAAAUCAGCAAAGAUUUCCAAAGACACAACUACGUAUCCAGGGACAAAUGACAACAGUGAAUGUGUCGUGUCACGUCAACAGUUCAUUGACUCUGAGGAUGACAUGCCUUUGAGCAGUCUGAAAGAUGUUUCUUCUGACAACUCAGAGACUCAACAGUCAAAUGAAUGUGCAGUGUCAAGUCAACAAUCUAGUGAACCUGAGGAUGACAUGUCUUUAAGCAGCCUGAAGGAUGUUUCUUCUGACAACUCAGAGACUCAACAGUCACAUGGGUCCAGUAUACCAACAUUUUUUGACAGUCUGCAAACCUGUGCCACUGGGGAUUGGCACUUCAUGAAGGGUCCAUGUAAAGUGCAUCUUUACAAGAUGGUGUUCUUUUUUUUUUUUAAACUCUAUAAGCCAUGAUUAAUACAUAAAUGGUGUUGUGGUGACAAUUUUGUUGAUCAUAAAUGAAAUGUUUUGAAGUUUUUUGGGGUUUCAAUUUGUUGAUAAACUUAGAUAAGUAAAUGUGUACAGGUUACAUUUAACAGGCUGCAUCUUAUUGGGAAAUUACAGUGAUGAAUUGCAUGAACAAGUGAAUUCGUUUAAUAAACUUAUUUGAACUGUA